GCUCGCCUUCAUAACCCAACACGCUUCCGAAAGGUCUCAGCGAUUCGCAUUGAAGAAUGUUAGUUCAGCGCGACAAAAGGCCAUCUAGUAUCAUGAUCACACAUUUAUCUGUCCCCUCUUUUGCUCUCUCUGAAACAGCUGAGCUGCAGCAAUUAUUUUCUUUCAGCUACGUUCUUUUUCUUCUCUCUCAGCCGAGACACCCAUUUCUCCUCUCCUCUGUUCUUGCUUCGUUCCGCCAAAAAUCCGACCCGAUCUCUGCCCUUCUCAGCCCCGUGCCUCCGUCCAGCAGCGAUAUCGUCACUGCCCUGCUCCGUUCGGAGCUACCGCCGCACGCCGCGAAGCCCCUAGCUCGCCUGACGCCUCCUCCCUCUUCCGCCCGUGAAAAAUCUAGGCAAGUGGGGCUGUUAUUAGUGUCCUCGGUUCCUGAUUUGGCUGCGCCUAGCUGUGCAUGUGAAGAUUGGGGCAGAUUUCGGGGUUGGGUGCGAAAAAAAUUGGGAACCAAAGCUCGGUUUGGAGCUGAAAUGUGAGCUAGUCGAAGUUCUAUUCCUCUGCACUAGACUAAGGAAAUCCUUUGGUUGCUAGGUGAGGUGCUGUCGCACGUUAUCUAGUGGAUCUUCCUCUCCUUUGCUUCUGUUUUGGUUCGGCUUCACUGAUGGUGUGCCUUUUGUGAGUUGCAUGGUGGAUUGAUGGCCAGCAUAGGUGUAGAAGCUUAGCAAGGAAGCUGCGAUAUGUUGUUUUGCUUGGUAGAAGGCCAUGCAUAUUAUGAACAUAGACUUACAUGUGAGUUAUGUACAUAGUAGGUACUGAGUUUGCAAGUAUGUAAUGGUUACUCGUCAUUUUUCCCAACACCAAGUUUUACCGAGUCCUCUGGUUUUCCGAUUUCGUGGCGUUUGAUCUUCUGAUAAAUAGGCAAUAUUUUCCUCAUGAAAGUUACUCCAAAGACCUUGAAAUACAACAUAUAUUUAAUUGAGAUUUUUCUGAGCUAAAUUGAUUCAUACGGAAGCUUAAUUUUCAUACCGCUUGUGAACUGUCCAGAACCGUGAAAUCACGACCUCAGUGUGCUUUUGAAUUUUUAUAAAAUUAUUGAGUUAGAAUAUGGACUUGCUUCCUUCUUAAGAGUAGUAGAAGACAUGUAGGUUUAGAACAUGUAAAAAUUUCAAACCAUUUUACUGAGUUUGGACUUCGAAAUGGAUUAAACCUCACGGUUGCUGGUUCUGCUCAGCGGAAGGAAUUUUGAGCUGCAUGGACCACAUUGUUGCUCUCUUUACAGAAGGAACCAGACUUGGUUUCCUUCAUGAAAAGUGUUCAUUUAGGGUCUUUCUAUCACAUAUUAAAAUUUGAGAAUUUUCUGUGAUGAUUUACUAUGGUUUUGGCUCUAAAUACUGAGAUUACUCGAUUUUGCUUUGUUUUGUCCAUGUUGGCAGAGUUUGAGUUUUCAGCAGAAAAUGUUGGGCUCUUACUUUGUCACCUCUAACGAGGGUUCCUAUAUACCUUGAAACAUCUAGUAUUGUAUGAUAGACUAUGGUAUGAUUGUUAAUAUACUGGAAUUAUUGGUGCUGCAACAAGGCGGAACUACAAAUGUACACAGUUGGCUAAGAAGCCAAUGUGAGAUCUUAGGUGUCGGAAUGCUUGGAGAGGGUGACAAGGAGUAAUGGUAUUCUCUCCAAAGGACUGAGAAGGGUUGAAUAACUUCUCAGGGACCUCGUGAUGCCAAGUUGGGUGCAAAAGUUACAAGGUCCUUUAGCUAGCGACAAAGAAGAUGAGAGUGCUAUUGGCAAGGAGCUUUUGGUAGUUGCAUUUUGGAUAAAUUGAGUUGAGACAUUUGGAUAUAUAUAUAUUUCCAGGUGUGAUGUAUCCUUCGUAAGUCGAUUGCAGCAGACUUUGCGUUUGAGCUAUGUUCUUCAAGAUUCUUGUUCUGGUUUCUCUGCUAGCCGUUUCGGCUUAUGCUCAAGUGACCAGUUUCGUGUACAACGGUUUCACAAUGGGAGAACUGAGCCUCUAUGGGAUGGCCUGGGUCACCCCCGAUGGCCUCCUGACUAUGGGCUACGACCUAUUACGGAAAGUGGGCCACGCCUUCCAUCCCGAGCCAGUCCAGUUCAAGAACUCGCCAAACGGCUCCGUCUUCUCCUUCUCCACCACGUUCAUCUUUGCGAUCCGACCUCAGUAUAAGCGUCUGGGCGGCCACGGGAUCGUCUUCAUGGUCACGCCCCAGAGAGGCUUCCCCGGUUUCCUGCCUAGCCAAUACCUUGGCAUGUUCGACUCAAUUAACAAUGGCAACGCCACCAAUCAUGUGCUCGGGGUGGAAUUUGACACGGUACAGGACUACGAAUUUGCUGACAUCAACGAUAAUCACGUUGGGAUCGACUUGAACGGGUUGGUAUCAGUGAAGUCAACUCCAGCGGGGUAUUAUGCAGAUGGGGGGAAGUUCAAUGACUUGAAUCUAAAAAGCGGUAAACCAAUGCAAGUUUGGGUGGACUACGAUGGCAUGGAAAAGCUGAUCAGUGUCACAUUGGCUCCGAUCAAAAUGCAAAAGCCAAAUACUCCUCUUCUGUCUCUUACAUAUGAUCUCGCAUCGAUUUUCAACGAGAACAUGUAUGUUGGCUUCUCAUCAUCGACCGGUUUGCUCACUAAUACUCACUAUGUUCUGGGUUGGAGCCUCGGGGUAAAUGCAAAGGCUCAGGAACUUGCCCUGUCCCAACUUCCUAAGCUUCCUCAGGUCGGUAAAAAGGAUACGUCGAAGGUACUGACUAUUGGGCUACCAUGGGUGGUUCUUUUCCUCAUAUCAAUCCUGAUCUCGAGCGUGAUUUACGUGAUGAGAAGGAAACAGAAAUUUGCUGAGGUGCUCGAAGAUUGGGAGAGGGAAUACGGCCCACACCGGUUCAAGUACAAAGACCUUUAUAUUGCGACAAAAGGAUUUCGGGAGCAAGAGCUAUUAGGGACUGGUGGGUUCGGUCGGGUCUAUAGAGGAAUCUUACCCACAUCAAACAUAGAGAUCGCAGUGAAGAGGGUCUCACAUGAAUCGAGACAGGGUAUGAGAGAAUUCGUAGCGGAGAUCAUCAGCAUCGGUCGGCUACGUCACCGCAACAUAGUGUCGCUCCUUGGUUACUGCCGUCGGAAAGGGGAGUUGCUCUUGGUUUACGACUACAUGCCCAAUGGGAGCCUCGACAGGUACCUCUAUAACCAACCAACGGUCACCCUAAAUUGGAGGCAAAGAUUUAGGGUGAUCAAAGGAGUGGCAUCUGGACUGCUUUAUCUGCACGAAGGCUGGGAGCAAGUAGUGAUCCACAGGGAUAUAAAGGCAAGUAACGUCUUGCUAGAUGCUGACCUAAAUGGAAGACUUGGAGAUUUUGGGCUUGCGAGACUAUACGACCACGGAGCCGACCCUCAAACGACUCACGUCGCAGGAACGCUUGGUUAUCUCGCCCCCGAACACACGCGAACCGGCAAAGCCACUAGGAGCACAGACGUGUUUGCAUUCGGAGUGUUUUUGCUUGAGGUCACCUGCGGGAGAAGGCCAAUCCAGAAUCGAGAUGCGGAGGACACGAUAUUGGUGGACUGGGUAUUUUCUUGCUGGGACAGAGGUGCCAUUCUCGAGGCCAGAGAUCCGAAGUUGGGGGCGGAGUUUGUGGAAGAAGAAAUGGAGUUGGUUCUGAAACUCGGGUUGAUGUGUUCCCACCCCGAGCCGCUGAUGAGGCCUAGCAUCCGUCAAAUUUUGCAUUACUUGGAGGGUGAUAUUCCAACGCCGGAGUUGUCGUCCAUCGGCGGCAGGUUAACAGUCGGUCAUCACGGAGGUUGUGAUGAUUUGGCUAGGUCUCCGUCCUCCAUGGAAAAUGCAUUUCAGCAAUCAUAUUCUGUCGUAGAAUCGCUUCUCUCAGGUGGGCGAUGAGCCUCAUAUUUUUGGUUUCUGAUCUUAUUCCAUGCUCUUUAUUUGGGGAAGAUCAAUAUGUCCUAUGCUCUUAAGAGUCACUCUAUUACUAGUCGGUGAAAGGAUCGCUAAAAUACGCGCUCUUAGUUCUGUUGUGGUUCAAAUCGGCUGCCGCCACUGGCCUGGGCGUCGUUCACUGAAUGGUGCACUACUUGCAAAUCCAACCUUCA